CCCCUUCUCCUCACCUUCCCACUUGUACUUGCUCUCUAUAAUUUUCUCUUCUUAUACCUCUAAACUACCUAUACCCGUCCAUCUAAGCUUGUUUCAUCCUCCUCUUGUGUUUUCCCUUCUUCCCAUCCAUGGCUCUUUCUGGGUUUGAAGGUUUUGAAAAACGCCUAGAACUCCAAUUCUCCGGCGACGAUCCGGCCAUUGGUAUCGGUCUCCGGCGACUCCAUUUCUCUUCAAUUGAAGAGGUCUUAGCUGCUGUCCAAUGCACUGUGGUCUCAGCAGUUGGAAACCAAUACUUUGAUGCUUAUGUAUUAUCUGAAUCAAGCCUAUUUGUAUACCCUACAAAGAUCAUCAUCAAGACAUGUGGGACUACCCAACUCCUCAAAUCAAUCCCUCCACUCUUAUCUCAUGCUCAUCUUCUGGGUCUCAAGAUUUGUAGUUGCAGAUACACUAGAGGUAACUUUAUAUUCCCUAAAGCUCAACCUUUCCCUCAUACCAGUUUCAGAGAUGAAGCUUUCUACUUAGAAGAAACCUUACCCAGUCAUCUUUGUUAUAGAAAAGCUUCUGUUAUGCCUUCUAAGCUUCCAUUACAGUACACAUGGCAUGUCUUCUCAGCUAGUGAAGAAGAUCAAUUGGUCAUGGAACAAAAAAACCCAGAUGUGUUCACCAUUGAGGUUUGCAUGACAGAGCUUGAUCGUGUACUUGGCCGGAAAUUUUUUCGGCCAACGGGGGAUAGUAACUCCGGCGAUGUUGCUGGGAAGGAGAUGACUGUGUUAACGGGUAUUGGAGGCAUUAAUCCUGGUGCGCUCAUUUGUGAUUUCGCUUUCGACCCGUGUGGGUAUUCGAUGAAUGGGAUGGAUGGGGCCCACUAUUCCACGAUACACGUCACACCAGAGGAUGGGUACAGCUAUGCAAGUUUUGAGUGUGUGGGGUCCAUUGGAGAUGAUCGAGAAGACAUCGGAGAAACGUUGAAGAAGGUGGUAAAAGUGUUCCGGCCGGCGAAGAUGUCGGUGUCUAUUACCACAUGUGCAGGAAUUGAAGUAUGGAUUAAUGUGAAGAAUGCCCUCGAGACAAUUGGCUUGAAUUGUCGAAGUUAUGUGGUGGAUGAGUUUCCGGCGAUGGGGAGUAUUGUGUUCCAAACAUUUACAACUCGCCGGACGUAGCCGGAGAGUAUGAAGUUAGCUUAGCUUGCUUAGCUAUUCUAGCCCAUAAGCCAUUCAUUACCUGAGAAACAAAAAGAGAGAAAUGGGUUUGAGAUCAUGGAUGACAGAUGAUGAUGAUGUGGAAUUACAACAUAUGGGUUGGCAUUGGAAGAAAGAAAGAGGUAAAAUGGAAAGAGGAUGAUGAUGUGGAAGCAUCAAUGGGUGGGAUCAUCAUGAUAAUGCACCCCACUUAGUUUUGUCACGCCCAAGAUUUUUGAGGACAUUAAGAGAGAGAGAGAUUUGGAGUGGGGAGGAAGUGGAACUGUUAAUUGAAGCUUUUUUUUUUUUGCUUACCCUUCCCUUAUCUCUUUAUGAUUUGUCUCAUCUCUUUGUGAUU